UAAAAUUGCCGUUGGAGAAAUCGAUUCGAAUUGGCAAGCCAUAGUUAGGUUUAUCUAUAGUUCAGAUUACCUGUUUAAAAAAGUAGUAACCAGUGAGUCAUGUCCAAUUUGGAUAGUUUUAUUACUAGAAAUAGAACUGCCAUUGCCAUUACGGCUGUGGCCAGUAUUUCUGCUGUUGGUGCCUACUAUUAUUUGAAUAAUCAAUCACAAUUUCAAAGCCAACAAGAAAAGGAAGAAACUAGUGAAACAACUGAAGUUGGGAAAAAAUCUAAAAAAUCUAAAAAGAAGAAGAAGGCAAGUAAAAAUUCAGAAGAAAGUGGUGUAACUGAAUCUUCUACUGGUAAUGGAUCAAAUAAUGAAAAAUCAACUAUAACUACAAGUCAUGAAUUUAUUUAUCCAGUUGAUUCAAAUAAUUUACCAAAUUUUAGUCAAGAAACUAUAGAUAAAUUAUCUCGUAAAGAAAAGGAAGAUUGGGCUUUAGCUUUAAAGGAAGAUGGUAAUAAUGAAUUUAAAUCAAAAAAUUUUGAACGUGCUAUUGCAUUUUAUACUGCUGCUUUACAAGUUAAAAUUGAUCCAAUUUUUUAUUCAAAUAGAUCUGCUUGUUAUGCUGCAUUAAAUGAUCAUAAAAAUGUAAUUGCUGAUACAACUGAAGCUAUUAAAUUAAAACCAGAUUAUACUAAAUGUGUUUUAAGAAGAGCUACUUCUUAUGAAGUUAUUGAAGAUUAUCCAAAUGCAAUGUUUGAUUUAACUGCUUUAACUAUUUAUGGUGGAUUUAGUAAUAAAUCUAUUGAAGCUGUAUUAGAAAGAGUAUUAAAAAAACAUUCUAUUAAGAUUGUUCAAAAUAAAGAACAAGUAUUUAAAUUACCUUCUGCUUCAACUAUUGGUUCAUUCUUUGGAGGUUUCCGUCCAGAUGUUGUUCCUGAAGAAAGCAAUGAUGAAUCUCAAGAUUCUGCUGAUAAAUUACUUUGGGAAUUCUUACAACAUGUUAAUGCCAAUACAGUUUCUGGUUAUGAUAAAGCUGAUGCUUUAAUUAAUGAAGUUGUUGAAGCUUAUAAUGUUGAAGAAUUAACUCCAGAAUCUCCAAAGGCUGCUAAUGCAUCUAUUGCAUUAGAAUAUUUAGCUAGUUUCCAAUUCUUAAAGAAUGAUCCUGCUUCUGCUAUUAUCAGUAUUGGUAAAGCUAUUAAUUUAAAACCAAGAGGUAGAACUUAUGUAAUCAGAGCCUUAAUUUCUACUGAUACUCAAUCAUUCAAUGAAGCUAUAGAAGAUUUUGAAUAUGCUGUUCAAUUAGAACCAGAAAGUCCAGAUGUUUAUUAUCAAUUAGGUCAAUUGUUUUAUUUACGUUCAGAUCUUGAAAAAGCUGAAGAGAAUUUCGAAAAGGCUAAAGAAUUAUAUCCUGAAAAUGUUUAUGCUCAUAUUCAAUUAGCAUGUAUUUCUUAUAAAAGCAAUAGAUUAGAUGAAGCUACUGAAAGAUUCACUGCCGCUAAAUUGAAAUUUGCUACAUCUCCAGAAGUUCCAAAUUAUUAUGGAGAAAUUUUAGCUGAUAAAGGUGAUAUUGCUGAAGCUUAUAAACAAUUCCAAAUUGCUGCUAGAUUACAAGAAUCUUUACCAACUUACAGUGUUGGUGCUAUACCAUUAAUUAAUGAAGCUUCUUUAAUUUCAAGAGAAGCUUACGAAAAGUUUGAUGAUGCUGAAAAAUUAUUAUUAAAGGCUUAUGAAUUAGAUCCAAAAUCCGAAGUUGCUGCUAUUUCAUUAGCUCAAAUUAAAUUACAAAAGGAAGAAGUUGAUCAAGCUAUCUUAUUAUUUGAAGAAGCUUCUGACUUGGCAAGAUCAUUUGAUGAAAAAGUUCAAGCUGUUUCAUUUGCCGAAGCCAGUAAAAUGCAACUCAGAAUUAAAAAUGAUCCAGUAUUAUCUGCUAAGAUCAAAGAAAUUAUGAGAAGUAAUAUGAUGUAAUCCAUAUAUUAGUUUACUCAUAGAUACAUUCAUUUCACAUUUGCAACUGUCAACCAAUUGACAUUACUAGUUUUACAUCUUCAGAAUCUAACCAAUCAUCAUCAACAAUAUCCGUUUAGAGCACAACCAUUAUUUGUUUUCUUGUAUAUUCUCUUUCCUUCAUAUCUUGAUAUCAAGAUAACGCCCCUUUCACUUUAAAAAAUCUACGUAAAUUGUUG